UCUGCACUCUUUCAUAUGGAGAGCCACAAACUCACCAAAAUGCCUCUUGUUUUCCUCUCUUUCUUCUGUCUCAUUGCAAUCUCAACGGCGGGUCCUUCUAGCAGGAUCGGUAUAAACUAUGGACGGCUAGGAAACAACCUUCCGUCUCCAGCUCGAUCGAUCGAGCUCCUCCAAAACAUGAAUGUGGGACGAGUUAAACUCUAUGACGCUGACCACGAAAUACUUCACCUCCUAUCGGGAAAAAACAUUGAUGUGGCAAUCACAGUCGCGAAUGAUGAAAUCUCCGGCAUUGCUGCAAAUCAACACCUAGCAGACCAAUGGGUAUAUGAACAUGUCCUAGCUCACUAUCCGAAUACCAGAAUUCGGUUUGUGCUCGUUGGAAACGAAGUCUUGAGCUCCACCGGCACCGCUCAAGAUCUGCAAAUAGCGCGUGAUCUUGUACCUGCCAUAAGACGGAUUAAGAACACGAUAAAAGCUCAAGGCAUUCGCAACAUCAAAGUCGGCACUCCACUUGCCAUGGACAUGAUGGAAACAACGUUUCCACCCUCAAACGGAAGCUUUAAGCCGGAGAUACGAGAAUUUAUGGUGCCGUUAUUGAAAUACGUUAAUGGAACUCGAUCGUUUUUCUUCCUAGACGUUUACCCUUACUUUGCCUGGUCCGAAAGUAGGGCUGAAAACCACACUGGCAUAAGCCUUGACUUUGCUUUACUUAGAAGCGGAAAUGAGACCUACACUGAUCCAGCCACCGGGCUGGUUUACACGGACCUCCUUGACCAGAUGCUUGAUUCGGUGGUCUACGCGAUGGCUAAACUCGGAUACGAUGAUGUGAUGCUGGCUAUUGGAGAAACAGGUUGGCCACAUGAAGGUGAUUCAGAUGAGUAUGGUGCAAGCAGAGAAAAUGCAGCUGAGUUUAACAACAAUCUGAUCAAAAAGAUGACCGGUGUUCCGUCUACCGGAACUCCGGCAAGACCAGGGAUGAUCAUUCCGACUUUCAUAUUUUCGAUGUAUGAUGAGAACCAGAAAUACGGACCAGCGACAGAAAGACACUGGGGAUUGCUAAAUCCUGAUGGAAGCCCUGUUUAUCAGGUGAACAUGACUGGGAAGGGAAUACCAUCUGAUUAG